AUGCAAAGUGUGCUAUUGAUUCGCUUUGCUUUUUCACUUUUUUUGGUAGGAUUUGAUGUUUCACGUGUUCCUUCUCAUUUACAACCCAUUGCAUGGCUAAUUGGCAUUUGGCGAUCGGAACACGGUGGGAAAGCAAUUUUUCCAACAAUACCAACAUUUACAUAUGGCGAACAAGUUGAAAUUUCAAUUCCUGACGAUCACAUGACCGGAUUGAAAGCGCUCAAUUACACAGCAUUUGCGUGGGGGUCAUCAGGUCAUGAGGAAUUGCACAGUGAAUAUGGUUAUAUUGCAAUGGAACCCAAUACAAAAACUGUUUCACUUACUACUGUAAUGGAUAAUGGCAAGUUCAUAGUGCAUGUUGCUCGGCAUUGA